GCUGCAGUUCUCUUGCCUCGAGUAACUCAGGUACUUUUUUAAUGAUAUCUGGUGGAAAAUAAUAGGAGAUAUGUACGUAUGCUUAUGUCUUCUAGAGAGCUGGUAACAUCUAGCUGUAAUCUGAGGAAUUCUUUGACCCAGGAGCCUGCUUGAUCCCUGGAGAGAUCUCUACAGCAUUCUUCAAGAAAGAGUCUGACAGUAUUUGCUUACAGCUGGGAGAGGAACCUCAGAGUUCGUUCAGGAAAGCAGUUUUGUGUCAUGGCUAAAUAGCGUAACCUCUGCUUAUCUAACUGUCUGGAUCUGCUUUCUUUGUUCACCCACUAUAUUUUCAUUGGCUCCUUCUCUUCUCUUUUGUCUUUGUUUAUCCCUUUCGGCAGGGAUUAUUGUUUUGCAAGAAGUAAGCUUUCUUAUCCCAGCAGGUGAAGUUGUUAUUCAAGGCUGGGUCAUGAUAACUUUUUUUUCUCACAACGUUAAAAAACCUUGUGUUUAAGUGUAUUUUCCUAUGGAUCUGAAAACAGAUGGGAGGGAUAAAUCACUGUUUCUUUAUCGCAACAUGUAGACCUUAGCAUCAGAUACAUACCUAUGUAUCUUAAAUACCUAAUAUGUUGUACUUACCAUUAAUUAUUUCCAUCAGCUUCAUUCCUUGGAUUAAAAGAAAACAUUAUCAUCUCUGCUGUGGUUUAUGUAGUAUACUGGCCUAGUGAACGAUGGAGAAUCAAGAAUGAAGGUUGCUGUGAUGAACAACAUUCUCUAUGUAUUCAUGCUCUUGGUUACUAAUAUGUUAAUAAUGGGUGACUCGUUCUGUUUUCAAGCUCAGGCAGCAGUAAGGAGAUGUCUUCAGCUCUGUUUACAGAAAGAUGGAAUUAAACAGAAAGGAUUGAUGAGAUUUAGAAUGAAAGCUGAAGGAGAUUUGGAUAUUAAAUAAGCUGGCAAAUGCUGUAUCUGAAUCUUGGGAGCAGGAUUUAUUUUUAAGCUAAUUUAUGUCCUUUUUCCCUUAAUGGAAAUUCUCUUAUUUUCCAGUGAUAAAAGACUUUUAUUUUUAGAGGCAGUAUCUUGAUGCUGCAAGCUAGCAUUAAAAGUAAAUCUGUGAAGCAAAGCAAUCUCCAUGUCAACAAGAAAUAUUUGUAAGAGGAUUAAAAGCCCUUGAAACACAUUUGAAGAUGUAUGGUGAGUGGGUAGGGAAAUACUGCCUUAAUCAUUGGUCCUACAGACUGUAGGAGAAAUUUAAGUGUCCCUUUAUUUUAUUUUUUUUUUUUGCUUAAGUACCUCCCUCUCAGCUCUAAAACUCAUCUGUUGCAAAUGAGCGUAAAUGAACUCAGUGGAACUACAUUUAAGAAAAUCUGUCUGUUUUCCAAAGUGGUGGAUGGAGGCAGCUCUUGAUGUUAAAUCUGAGUGCUGCCUCAGUCUUCAGAACUGUAAGAAGAGAAAUGGAGAUUUUCGGCCAAUUUACACCUUGUAAGGAGUUAAUUUAGUUCUUGUAGUGAAAUAACUGCUGUAAGAUUUAUGGAAUUGAGUUUUCUAUUAAACUUGUGUUGUAUGUUAAUACCCCGCAACAAAAUCCUCUCUAUAAAGGAAAUCAGAGAUUCUGUAUGAAUGUAAAAGCCAUUAGGGCAUAGAGGCUCCUGCUGGGCACAUGUAACAAACAGAGCUGUUAUCAACCAGUCUUACUUUGCUGAUUUCUUCAUACCUGUGUGUAUGUGUGUAUGUAAUGGUAGCAGUCAGAAAGUAGGCAUCUUUCUGGAUUCUGAUCCUUACUCCAUGGUUUGCAGAGAAUAUUUUCAUUUUCACCACUCCUGGCUGAAAACUGUUUUCUUCUGUGCUUGCAGGUAAGGUGUGAAGGACACAUUGCUGAGAAGUGCCAGUUAGGCCUUGCAAGGUGUGUCCUUGUUAGUGUGGUUUGUGGGGAUGUAAGUAAGACAAGAUCAGCAACUUUGCUAUUCUACUGAAUACAAAUUUAGCAUUAAACCAUCUGUUUGACUUUCUUCUGUCUUUCUGGGGGACGUUCAGCCAUGUCUCUACUUAGAGCUUCAUUUGUAGUUGCUUUGAAAGUAGUUAUGACCUUGAGCUAUGGAAAUCCUUUCUCAUCUUUUCAACCCCCUGCAGGUUUUAUCAAAGGAUAGAGUUUUUCCUUCUCAAAUAUUUUCUCUGUAAAUGUGUGUUUAGAAGGUAGCUUAUCAACUGCUCUUCUCUCUCCCUCUCUGCUUGCAGACUAGGGGGUUGCUACUGCUACAUUCCUUUCUGUGGAGCAUUGGCUGCACUUGCUUGCAUUGUAGUAUGCAAAAAUAUUCCCUAUGUAAGACUGACUUGCAGAAAGGCAAACCAUUUGAUUACUCUAUAAGAUUGAAAAAAACAUGCAAAAUAAGCUUUUAUGGAAUUGUACCUUCUUCCUGAAAGUGCAUUACAGACUUGUUUGAAAGUGCUAUAUCAGAUUGUAGAAGAGAAUUCAUAUAGUCCAAAUCCUACAUUUGAUCAAGCCAGAUGGCUGAUGGCAGUGGCUGUUCCAGGAACGUGUGCUGUAUUGGAUGAAUAGCCUUACACAACUGAAAAAUACCUGGAAACGUGUAAAAGACAUGGAGACGUAAUACAAUUGUGUUUGGGUGUGAAAUUAUUUUUAAAGGAGAGAUAGCAUUAGCCUUAAAAUUUAUUUAAAUAAAAUAAAUUAAAUAAAAAGGCUUGUUUAUAAACCUCUGUAUUGGACUUGCAUUGCUUCUGAUAUUAGGAAGUAAGUUUGCCUAUGGAACUGUUUUAGAGUGUGCUCCUGCCUGCUUCCCAGGCAGAAGGGCAAAAGCUAUGGAGUCCUACAGAAAUACGCUGCUUUGGGAGCAGCAGACCUACUUAGAUAUUUGAUACCUUAAUGUUGCUGGGCCUAGGCUACAUUGAAGAUCUAAGAGAAUACCGUGAGAAGUUGUUGUUGUCAAGUAGAAUGUUGAAAAAUGCAGACUAUUUGUUGUUUGCUCAGUGUUUUUCUUAACUAAAAAAUCCUACUUCUGAAAGAUGGUCCUCAUACACCAAGAAGAUUCACAGGGACACACAAAUCAAGUUACAGUUUCUAUGUGAAAUGUGAUUUCAAUCCUUAUGCAGUAAAAUUGCAUGCCCUUACAGACAGAGGUUUGCUUUUGGCCUUAAAGAAAAGAGCAUGGGGUCAACUUUCCCAGAGCCAGCUAUGGAAAUGGCAUAGGCUUUCUGAAAAACAUCAUUAGUUAACUUCAAUCCUUCAGUCCUUGCCUCAUAAUUUGUGAGGGAGAUAUAGGUCAAACUUAGAGUCUCUGUGGGUUGUUUUGGUUUUGUUUUCUUUUUGCAUAGAGUGCUGGAGGGUGAAUUGGGUUUUACAUGGCACAUAAAUACUGUUUGAUGGGAGGAAUGCAGUGUGUGCUUUAAGUCCUAUCUUAGUGCAGCGGGGUUCCUUAGCUACAGGAGUGUGCAAAGCAGAAAAGAAAAUGGAAAUGUGAACUUCUCUUAACAGAUAUAGUUCUGUUGCUGCGUGUACUGGAGAGCAUUGCUUGUACACUGAAAAGAAAAGUGGUUUUAUACAGGGGAAUGCCUGCUGCAGAACAAAAGGAAGUAUUUUCUUCUAGAAAACGUGCUUUGCACUUGGUUCUUUAGACCGCUUUAGUAAUUACCAAAAUUACAUGCUCAAAAAUAAGGAAAAUUUAGAGCAGAAACUAAAGUUGAGAUGAGGGUUAGCCAUGGGAUUAAAGUGGAUGUGCAUAUCAGAUGUGAUGGUGCCUUAAAGUAGUAUGUUGGGGGAAGGUGGAACUCUCCCCUCCCCACCUGCCCUUGUGAUUCCCUCCAUGGGGCAUAUUCAGUGAGGACAAAGUAUGGCAAUCUGAGACCGCAGCCAAGUGUUUGUACAUGGGUGGCAUUAAUGUUUCAGUUCCGUUUCAUUUUGAAUGAACUGAAGAACCUUUUCAAAGAGAGCAUUUCAAGAAAGAUUAGCAUUUAAAAUAUUCAGUUCAGCAUAAUCAACAGGUGACAUUCUUAGACAAAGACUGUCUGUCGUGCGGGUCAAGAAAAUGCUUUUACUCUCUCCUCUUAUCCCAGUAAUAUUGAGUUGGUUUUAAAAAAGAUGUAAUUUCUAUAGAUGUCUAUUUGCAUACCUUGAUUAGAAGGUGCACGUAGGAGCAUAACACCUACAAAAUGUUGCCUUAGCGUUAUUUUUGAAGCCACCUCUUAUCCAGAUCAAAUUCUGAGAUUUGUAAUAUUCUCUAUUUUUAAUACAACUUUUAUCGUAGUUUUAAAGACCUCCCUUGUCAUUCCUGAGACUGCAGCAGGAGCUCUGUGUUGCUUAAUGCUUCUUGACAAAGUCUGGGUAUGAAAGUCAAUAGAUAUAAAGUGUUAUAAUUGUUAUUCUCCCAUCUCUCCACUUCUGGCCGCUUCCUGUGACCUCCGUGAGAUCUUUGAUGUUCCUUUCUCCUCAUUUCCUGAUAGUAAAAGUUUUAUACACACAUUAUAAACAACGCUAUGCAGCUUCGUAUGUCUACAGUUGGUGGAAAAGAGCCAAUAAGUAACAGCACCUCCAGUGCGGGUGUGCGGUGUGGCACACGAAAUGCCCGCUGUUCUCUCUGGUGUGCUCAGCAGCAGCCGUGCUGGGCAGCAUGCAGCACACGGUGUGUUCGUGCUCAGAGGUGACUGCACUUAAUUACUGGUGAACAGUCAGAGUCCACUUACAGCUUUAAUCUUGCUAUUGUUUUCUUACUGGCAUUGCUCAGUGACCGGCACUGAGACUUUAUCUAAGCAGAUAGAGCGAGUCCUUUUGGUGUUUACCAUCUCUGUUCUUUCUUCUGUUUUAACUUUGUUAGUAAGGAAGGGAAGAACAUUGCUCUAAUUAAAAAAAAAAAGAAUUGCAAACAAGUGUUCAUUUUGUUAAUUCCAAUUUGUGUUUAUUCUUUUAAACUUAUCUGCUAACCAAGAUAUGUAACCAUUUUCUCCAUGAAGCUGCUCUUCUGUCAUUUAAUAGAAUUAAAUUAGACUUCAGCCUAUUUCUAAGUAACUCCAAAUCUAUUUGUGUUGCCAUUGGGAUACUCUUCAUACGUUCAUUACUAAUUUUCAUGCUUAGAAGGAGAUUUUCUAUUUUACAUGAGCUCUGCUUAUUUUCUGUUUCGGUUGGACUUCCUUACCUCUUGCUGAUUGCUGCACAGAAAUCCCUGUAGACUGCUGAAAAAUCAUCUGCUUUCUGUAUGAUUGACUGUGUUUCCUCCUUCCUCUGAGUAGUUAAAUAUUCUGGUUUUGAAAUGAGUACAUUUUCAGAAGCUUCUUGUUAAAAUUGAAACCCUACCAAUUUCCUUCCAACAUUGUCCAUUUCAAGUGUUUUUUUAGAGCCCUCUUGGCUAUUUUCUGCUCUUCUCUUUCCUCUGUUGCUAUGUGAAAAAUUUCUUUCUGUAUCGAGUAAAUUCGCUGUUUGCUGAUAACAUCAAGAUGCUCUACAAUAUGCUCAUUCUUAUAUUGCAUUAAUCUGAGUAAUCCCAGUAACAAUGCCAGUCCUCUCCUGUACGUAUUUGCAUAUACGUGUUGCCAACUUAGGGUUUUAUGCUUACAUUACAAUUGUAUUAUCAGAUUAGGGUCUUUCCCUCCAUGGUUUUAAUAAGUAUGACUUGAGGCUUCUGGUUGUUUAUACACAGCAGAAUGUUAUAUUGAGAGCUGUAGGAUCCAAGAAAAGCAGAGCGAAGUGGUACCAAAGGCCAAAAAAAACUCUCAUGGAGAUUCUAAACAAAUACAGCGUAUCUUCUCUCUUUCUUUCUCUCCCUCUCUGUGUUACAUGUAGCUUGUUAGAUGUUUUAGUUAAGGUAGAUUAAUAUUUACAAAGCAAACCCAUCACCUUGGAGUGUAAGCGUGCUAGAAAACAAGAUGAUCAGUGUUUGUGUUACAUUAGGAAACGAAUCCGAGCUAACAAAUACAUAUGUUUUUAAAAUUUUAAUGUUUAUUAAAGAAAAGUUGGUGCCUAUGUUUGACUAAUGAUAUAAAAUCAUUGUUUUACAGUAGUGAGUUGUAAUUUUUAUAAGCUGAGUAAUUGGAGAUAAAAAUAAUUUUAAGCAGUUCCAUUAUAUCACCGGUUUUGAAUGGAGAAUUGUGCCUACGCAGUUAGGAGAGGCCUGGUACGUGUGCCAUUUGUAACUGGUGUUAAAUCAGAACAAAGGCAGCCACCUUUUUUCAAAUGGUUUUCCAAUUUAUUCAUUUUUUUCUGUUGUGCUUUGCACUUCACAAAGCAGGCAUCCACAAAGAGAGCAAUCAGAAUCUCCCUUUAAGGAAUACAGCACAAUAUGGCGGUGAGAGCAAUGCAAGCCUGUAUUAUUGUCAUAAGUUGGCCUCAGACCUUUGCUUGUUGCUGUAAUGCAGAGGUUGUCCAUUUCCUAGCAGAACUGCAGUCAGAGUGGAGGUGCAAGAAUGCUGAGAACAGAAAAGCUUCGGGGUUAGCCCUGGUCACUGUGGUACAUCAAUCCCUUUGGAGAAGUACUGGGUAUUUUGCCUAGCUCUAAUCUUUGCUUCUGUUCUGGAGAAACUUAACCUUUGAGUAAUAAAUUUAUUUAAUACAUUAUUUUCCUUUAGAAAGGUAAUUUAUUUAUGGAGUUUUGAAGAUUUUCUGAUUACUGAAAGUCCCAAAUUCUGAUGCUGUUUCCAGAUUAGCUGAUGAAACCUGUCCUUACUUUUAUCUCAAUGAUGUAAUCCUGAAUCCCUUUUAAGGGCUUGGGUUUUUCUGUUUAAUCUGCAGGCUCACAUCACAGUGUCUCCUUUCAAAGCUACUUAUGUGUGUACUGAAGUUAAUCACUGAUCUCAUUUGAGGCUGUGGCAGGCUGGAGCCUGAUUGAGUUUUAUCUCUGUCUGCUGUUAACGGGCUGAUGAUUUGAACAUGGAAUUCAACCCAUCAGACCAUCCACGGGCCAGUACGAUAUUUCUCAGUAAAUCUCAAACAGAUGUGAGAGAAAAACGCAAGAGUCUCUAUAUAAACCACCAUCCUCCUGGACAGCUGAGAAGAAAGUACAGUUCCUGCUCCACUAUUUUCCUGGAUGAUAGCACAGUCAGUCAACCUAACCUCAAGUAUACCAUCAAAUGUGUAGCUCUUGCAAUAUAUUACCACAUCAAAAACAGGGAUACAGACGGAAGAAUGCUCUUAGAUAUUUUUGAUGAAAACCUUCAUCCCCUUUCGAAAUCCGAAGUGCCACCAGAUUAUGACAAACACGACCCAGAGCAGAAACAGAUUUACCGCUUCGUUCGGACGUUGUUCAGUGCUGCUCAACUGACUGCUGAAUGUGCCAUUGUCACGCUGGUAUAUCUUGAAAGACUUCUAACGUAUGCAGAGAUAGAUAUUUGUCCAGCAAACUGGAAGCGAAUUGUACUGGGUGCUAUUCUGCUGGCAUCCAAGGUUUGGGACGACCAAGCAGUGUGGAAUGUGGAUUACUGCCAGAUCCUGAAAGAUAUCACAGUUGAAGACAUGAAUGAACUGGAACGCCAGUUUCUGGAGCUGUUGCAGUUCAAUAUUAAUGUUCCCUCCAGUGUUUAUGCCAAGUAUUAUUUUGAUUUGCGUUCCUUGGCAGAAGCAAAUAACCUGAGUUUUCCUUUGGAGCCCCUCAGCAGGGAUAGGGCAUAUAAACUUGAGGCCAUUUCCCACUUGUGUGAAGAUAAAUACAAGGACUUCAGGAAAUCUGCAAAGAAACGGUCAGUCAGUGCUGACAAUCUGACUGUGGUUAGAUGGUCUCCUGCUAUUAUCUCCUAACAGAGGAGGCUGGAAUAUUCCUACGGACGUACUGUUUCAUCCAUCCAGUUUUUUUGGGGGUGGGUUGGGGGGGGAGGGAGGGGAGAGAAAAAGACUUCUGUUUUUUUUUGUUUGUUUGUUUUUUUUUUAAUUUUUAAAUCUGUCAAGCUGCCUUUACAGUGCCUCCCCAUUGUGUAGCACAUGAGUAAAGUACCUAGUGGGAGCUGAAGUGGAGAAGCCAGUGUUUGGGAGAGAAGACGGGCGACAAUAUCUUUCUCACUUUCACUAACAGCUUUACUCUUUCCAUGAGGAAACAGCAAAUCGGGUGCUUGAAAGAAGAAACAAAAAAUGAAGUAGAGGCAGAAAAACUGUUUCAGAACUGUGCCAUUUUUCAAUGUGCUGUGCUUUUGAAGAGAAACGACAGCAUGAAAAUGAACCGUGUAGUCAGAUGACUGUGCACUAGAGGAGUGACGUUGGGAGAGUUCCAUCUUAAAGGUUUCUCUUAAUAUCUUCCUAAAUUUUUAUUUUUCCAUUCCUCAUUGCUGCUUCCGAGGAAAAAUUCUUCCCCUUGCACAGCAGCGAAUACCAAGUCUGUAUUUACAGUAGCACAAGCCCCUGAAUAAAUAGUGUUGUUUUGUUUUUUUCACUGCACUUUUCUCUGUAAGCUGUUAUUAGCAUUAUUCUUCGUAACUAUUAUGCAUAUGUUAUAUUUCUCUUAUGCCUUCUAUUGUAUUUCAAAAGAGAGAACUUGACCAUAGUGCUGAACCAAAAGUGUGUACAGGGAUCAGAAGAUCGUUUGUAAUUUCAUGAUGUGUUUUAUUUAUAGUAUACUUGCGUGCGUGUGCCUUCCUAAGUUCUUGGAAUCAAUUAUUUUUCCUUAAUACAAAGAUAACAGUUGUUAAAGUAUUCAGAUGAUGGUAGUUAGAAGACUUGGGCCAAAUCUCUGAAAUUCGCAACAGGUCUUGUGAUCCUUUUUGCAGAUUUUCAUAGCAUUAGAAGUUUAGCAGAAUUCAUUUAGAGACGGAUUUGUUUCGUAUGGCCUGACUGGUUCAUUCCUUCACCUCCAGGUCCAUUGUUGCAAGCAAUAUUCUUGAUCUGUAUGUGUUUACUUUAAAACAAAGUAAGUCUGUUUAUAUAAAAUAAAAAAUAAUUGUAAAAGUUCCACUGAGAAGGCCUACAGAAGAGCAGAAUACACAUUUUAACAAGGUACUUCUCACGAGUAGAUUUGGUUUUGAAGCUAAAAUCCAAACCCUCAUGUUUUUUUCAGCAUAGGCGCUUGUAGAAAUUAAAAAUAACCAAACCAUGAACAUAAUUUUCAACUCUAACUAUUAAGCUGUUUUGUUGUUGUUAGUAGUUCCUUCCUACCAUGGUUGUUGCCCCCUUGGGAUUUGUAAGAAGCUUUUAUUGAAAAUAAUUUGUCAACAGAGUGCCCAAGGGUGAUUAUUUCUCCUUUCCUUAUUUUUAUUCUUUUUUGCACGGUUUAGAAAGAUACAGUUGAAAAUUCUCAGUUCCCCGAAAUCCUUUCUUUGUGACUGUCACUGAAAUGAGUGGCAGCAGACUUCCCUGAUAUAUGCACUACUGUGGUAAACCGUAAAGAUUCCGUAUUUGUUUUUAUUAAGCCCUAUGGGCUUGUAGCAAACCUAGGGGCCCAGAGGAGCGCACUUCGCUUCAGUGCAGUGUGGAUCGGAUGCCUCCAGGUGGAGAGGCACUUGCAGGAAUGAGGUAGUGAUACCAAACAGUUUCUGUUAACCUUCUAAUGUGAUUUGCGUGGUUUGUGACAUGAAGGUUUUUUCCGUAUCUCCUGAUGUCCUUUGGGCCUUGAAAAUAUCUAAUUCUCAUCAUUGUUGUGCCAAUACAUGGGAACUGUGAGUCUCCAAGUCCAUUUUUCCCUUGAACAUGGAAUGUAAGGAAAGUAUAACAAUACAAAUGCCAACCAAAGCAUUUGAAACCUCUUUACAGAUGAUAUCAAAAGGAACAUUUUCAAAGCAUUUGAAAUUCAUCCUUUCUAAGCAUAAAUUUAGGCUUUAAAAUAUGUAAAAUAUUUUGAUUUAUCAACACUUUGCUAAACUAUUUUCCAUUUAACUUGAUAUCAGGUAUAUUGGUUUUAUCCAUUUCUGGGCGAUAGAGAUAUGAACUUUGGAUUAUGUAAAGAUCUCAAUGCAUCUUCUAUAAUUUUUGUGAAGUUUAUUAAACUACUUUAAAGAUUGUAUAGUCUAUUUAUUGUAUGUAUGUACAUACAGUCUGAUACUUUAAAAAGUGGAUUCCGUAAAACCUGGCUCAGUCUUGUUUAGACUAUUGAAUAUCGUUUUAGCCUUGUGCACUGGACUCUACCUCUGUAUAGGAGAAUUUUCCAUAUUCUUAAUUAGUCCUGAUUCUGUGAUUAACUUGGUUAUGUUUCUUGCACUAAGAAUUAAAAAAAAAUCUGCUGUAAGUGUGGAUUUUUUCUUUAAGUUUUGCUGUAUGAAUUCUCUACAUUUAAAUGGACAUUUCUUUCCCUCAUGGUUAUAAAAUAAUUCUUUGCUUUUCCUUCUGGUUUGUUCCAAGUUUGCCAAAAAAAAAAACACAACAGCAUCAGUACCUGUCAGGAAACCUGAGUAAGUGUCUUCUGUUUGCAAGUUAUUCUAUACCGUGUAAUUAAAAAAUGAAUUAUUAUUUAGGA